ACGCAUCCAGUUUUCCUGUUUGCAUUUUGUCUCGCUCAGUUGGAGGCGGAGGAGGCUGAGUGGAAAAUGGCCGACGGUGUGGAUCACAUCGAUAUUUACGCGGAUGUAGAAGAGGAGUUCAAUCAGGGUGAGGAUUACCCAGUGCACGACCAGAUAGACUUGUACGAUGACGUAAUCUCUCCAUCUGCCAACAAUGGGGAUGCUCCAGAGGACCGGGACUACCUGGACAAUUUGCCCCAGCCUGUUGGCUCAGAGGGGGGCAAGGGUCCUUCAUCUAACGUGGUCUACACAUACACGGGCAAGAGGAUUGCUCUGUACAUCGGAAACCUCACAUGGUGGACGACAGAUGAAGAUUUGUCAGAUGCCAUUCGGUCGAUAGGUAUUAAUGACGUGCUUGAGAUCAAGUUCUUUGAGAACCGUGCCAAUGGCCAGUCGAAAGGGUUUGCGCUGGUCUGUGUUGGUUCUGAUGCUUCUUCCAGAAAGCUACUGGACCUGCUGUCUAAGCGGGAACUUCACGGGCAGAACCCCAUCGUCACACCAUGCAACAAACAGUCCCUCAGCCAGUUUGAGAUGCAAUCCCGGAAAAGCACACAAUCAGGUCAAAUGUCUGGCGAGGGUAAAGCUGGCCCGCCUGGUAUCGGCCGUGGUGGCUUCCCGAUGGGCCGAGGCCGAGGGCGUUUCCCUGGCCCCCCAGGACCAGGGGGAGACCGUUUCCCCGGCCCAGUUGGACCCGGAGGUCCUCCACCCUUCCCAGGGCCCGGGGCCAUAACCCAUAGGCACCCCAACAGCCAGCUGAUGGAUAUGAAUUUCAAUUGCUUCCAGCCGGGGCGCGAUGGGAGCUGGCGACCCAGAGGAGGCAUGCAGGGACCGCCUCGCCCUCCACCUGGCCCACCUGGACCCCCUGGUCCCCCCGGGCCCCCACCUCCGGGACAGGGUCUGCCCCCGCCCCUCUCUGGGCCCCCCAACAGAGGCGAUCGCCCCCCUCCCCCAGUCAUGUUCCCAGGCCAGUUUGGCCAGCCUCCGAUGGGCCCCCUCCCUCCAGGCCCACCACCACCUGGCUACGGCCCUCCUCCUGGCCCCCCUCCACCCCAACAAGGCCCACCUCCCCCAGGUCCCUUCCCACCACGCCCUCCUGGUCCAAUAGGCCCACCCAUGGCCUUGGCCCCCCCUCCACACAUGCAGGGUCCACCACCUGGCGGGCCACCCCCUGCCCCUCACGUCAACCCUGCCUUCUUCCCUCCGCCCGGGAACAACAACAUGCCAUCGUCAGACAGCAGAGGCCCUCCUCCAAACGACCCGUACGGACGGCCGCCUCCAUAUGACCGAGGAGACUACGGACCUGGUGGCAGCAACCCGAGACCCCCGCUAAUCCCAGACUUUGGGCUCAGACCCCUGAGAGAGCCCUGGAUUAACGAGGGCGGUAUGGCCGAUCUGAAACAGGGCGGCAGGCAUUUGCCCAGUGCCAGUGACGCAGGGGAGAUGGAUUCGGCACGGACCCCGCUGAGCGAAGCAGAGUUCGAAGAGAUCAUGAACCGUAACCGGGCCAUUUCCAGCAGUGCUAUCUCACGCGCGGUGUCUGACGCAAGUGCUGCGGACUAUGGGAGUGCGAUAGAGACCUUGGUGACGGCCAUCUCUCUGAUCAAGCAGUCGAAAGUGUCUGCUGAUGAUCGCUGUAAAGUCCUCAUCAGCUCGCUACAGGACUGCCUGCACGGCAUCGAGUCAAAGUCCUACGGCUCCGCGUCGAGGUAUGGCUCUGUCAGUCACACUACAGCUCUCAUAAAGGGCCUGAAAGGGGGAAGGGAGCGCUCACGUGAACGUGACCACAGCCGGUCGCGAGAGAAGAGUCGUCGACACAAGUCGCGAAGCCGGGACCGCCACGAGGACUACUACCGGGAACGCAGCCGCGAACGAGACCGCCACCGCGAGAGGGACCGCGACCGCGAAAGAGAUCGGGACCGCGAGAGGGAAUACCGCCACCGCUAGAACGCCAGUGAAGCUGUCGGAAGAGGAGGAGCCACGCCUGGACAAGCACCCAUCCACCCGCGCCGCGUCCCUUCAGGACCUUUCUGCCUCCCAGCGACCCUCAUCCACCCACCCAUCCCUUGUCCUCUCUCUUCUUCCAACUUUGCGUCAGAGGAUGGGACUGACACUGUUGUGUAAGGCUGCAUUAGAGGUGUACAGAAACAAAAAAAGACCCUUCAUCCUAUACUCAUGGUUUAAAAAAAGAAAAAAAAAGACAAACAAAAAAACUCAUGGCUCUUUUUUUUUUAUUUUUUUGUUUUAUUUGAAAGGCAUACAAAGACAGACCUAUCAUACCUGUGUAAUUAAAAAGAAAUCUCUGCUUUGCAUCGUAAAAUCCACUAAGGAAUAAAAACUUUGCUUGCGUUCCCCUAAACGAUAAACAUUUUGACCGCUAUAAUGUAUAAAUUGUCUGUCUAGGGAUAUUGUUUUUAUAGGGACUACUUCUGGUAAGCGUCUUUAUUUUUUUUCUCUUAAUGACUCCUCCCCCUCUCCUUGUCUGUCUCCUGGUUCGGAUAAUGUUUGUAUAUGUCUAUGCUUUGAUUCAUUAUUAAAUAGACUCUGUGUUGUAAUAAA